UGGAGGUGGAUCGUUUUCUCUAGAGCAGACGGUAAUUUACUGCCCUAUAUGUUUGGACACGCGCUUGCGAUCAACUAGACAACAUACUAAAGUAACGAUGCGACCGUUCAUUGUAAGCGUCUCGUUUGCGCUCCAGUGCCUCUUUUUCAAAAGCGCAUCAGAGUACUCUUCAAAAUCAGAUUUGGAAUACGAAUUCGGUGACUAUCGCGGGAAGUUUUGUAUCGACGAUCAAGGUUUUGUGUAUGGCAUCGGAGAGGUUUAUUACCCGAGCCCCACAGCUUGUCCGUGCACCUGCACUGAAAAUGGACCGGUGUGUAUCAGACCCAAGUGUCCGCGUAUACACCCAAGGUGCACGCGCAUCAAAUACAAGUCUUGCUGUCCAGUGUGUGAAGCCGUCAGUAAAGUUUGUGUGUACGCGGGAAAAAGUUACAGACUACUGGAGGAAUUCAAGCUGUCCCCCUGUGAACGCUGCCGUUGUGAAGUCAAUAGAGAAGUUUACUGUACCAUAUCCGGCUGCCCAGCCUUGCAUUGUGUGAAUCCUGAAUAUGAACCCAACCACUGCUGUCCAGUGUGCAAGAGCGGGCCAAACUGCUUUGCUGGAAAUCGUGUGAUCCCAAUUGGAGAACGUGUGGAGAUUGAUGAUCGGAUGGUGUGUUUCUGCACAUACCGGGAUGGAACGUGGCAGACUCACCCUCACGCUACCUGUGAGGAGCGCCAGCAACCAGACAAUGAAGCUACUGACUCCCUUGAUACAUCAAAACAGAUGGAGGAGCAGGAGAAAGAGAAGGAGAGAGUGUUUUUGCCCAGGCUGGAGGCUAUCCCAUGAACGGGAAGUGUGCCUGGCACCAGGUUUGCUGACAGGCAGCAGGGGAUGCUGGUGUCUGGGACCAGUGCAAACACAACCUGUUAUGGAUUAAUUGCCAAUGCUGACCUCUUUGCCAUCCUCAACCCCAACCCUCCUGAACACAGAUCGACACUGUCUUGAGAGACAACAUGCAGUGGCUGUAAAAUUAUAAAUGUUUUUAUGGGACAUAUAACAUAUUUUGCUUAACUAAAUUGUUGUUGUUUUUACAACGUUCACUGCCGUGCAAAAGUUAAGGGUCACAUACUUGAUAUUUUAUGUUUUAUAUACACACCUCAAUUUAGUCACCAUUUGCCUAUCAUUUGAAAAACUCCUUCUUGAGGUCUCAGCCUGAGAUGCUUUUUAAACAGUAUUGCAUGAUUUACUAUCUUUGUUAGGCAUUUCUAUGCUGUUUUCUCAUUGUUAAAUAGUUUUUAUUUGUUGGCACAAUUAUAUUUUUGUCUUAAUAAUUUCAAACAUUCAAGCAAGCUUCCGGGGAUCAAAAGGUUUGUGAUGUCAAUAGUAACAUUUUAAUGAAGUCGACCUGAUCUUGAUUGGUAUGUGUGUUUACAGUACUGUAUAUGGUGUUCUGCUUCUUAUAAGGACACUCUCACACAGCAUUUAAUUUAAAUAUGAAGUAUUAAAUGUAAAAAUGUAAUCAUAAAUUUGCCGGGUCAUUCUAGCAUGUUUUAAUAGAUGCACUGUUUUGCCAAAUCAUGUCAUAAUUUGGUAAUAUUCCAAGGAGCAUAAAUAGAAGUGUCACACAUUAGCAAUUUUUAAAUCUUAACAUUAUAUGCAUUAUAAUAUGCAUAUCAUUUAAAUAUGUUGUAUUAUAAUGAUAGAUUUCUGUUUUUUUUUAAGUAAAUUUUAAAUAUUGUCUCAAACUUUGGGAGCCU